AUGGGUGGGAGUGGGGUGAAGGUCGGAGACUCGGGACGACGAUCUGGGUUCAACGGCAUAGAAUUUGUAUUAAAUUAUUCAUGGGCGGCAAUUCCAAACGGCAAUUGCAACAACAUAUGCAUGGGCGGCAAUUCUCUGUUAAACCUUCUUCUCUGCGACAAAGGUCAUCUGACAAAACCCUCAAAUCCCGCCACCGCCAAAGCCGUUACCACCACCAUUCUCAACCACCUCGACUCCGGCCGUCUCCGAAAAGCCGUCUCAAUCCUCUUUUAUGCCCCAUUCCCCUUCCAUUUUUCUUUAUACGCUCGACUCUUCCAGCUCUGUUCCUCCACUGGCAGCCGCGCCAUUGUCGAGGCUCGCAAGGUCGAGUCCCAUUUGUUUACUUUCUCCCCCACCCCGCCGGUGUUUCUAGUGAACCGUGCCAUUGAGGCCUUCGCGAAAUGCGGGUCUCUGGGGGAUGCGAGGGAGCUGUUCGAGGAAAUGCCUCAGAGAGACGGGGGGUCUUGGAAUGCUCUGAUAACGGCUUGCUCACAAAGUGGAUCUCCUGAGGAAGCCUUUCGCUUGUUUGUGAAAACGAGUAGGUCAGGUUUUUUGCCGAAUGAGAUUACGUUUGCUAGUGUUCUUGGCUCCUGUGCUGCUGUUUUGGCGCUUUCGCUUUCGAGGCAGGUUCAUGGGCUAAUUGUCAAGUAUGGUUUUGGCGGGAAUGUGGUUAUAGGGAGUUCACUUGUUGACAUAUACGGGAAAUGCGUGAUUAUGGAUGAUGCCCGUAAAAUAUUUGACGAGAUUAAGAACCCGAAUGCCAUUUCAUGGAACAUAAUCGUGAGGCGGUAUCUGGAGAUGGGUGAAGGAGAGGAGGCAAUAGUUAUGUUUUUCCAUAUGUUUAAGGCAGCUGUAAGGCCACUUAAGUUUACCUUUUCUAAUGCUCUUGUUGCUUGUUCGAGUAUUUCUGCACUUGAUGAGGGGAUACAGAUUCAUGGAGUUGCAAUUAAAAUGGGGUUUGAUGACGAUGAGAUUGUUUCAAGCUCCCUUAUCGAUAUGUAUGCCAAGUGUGGGGAUUUAGAGAGUGCCAGUGCAAUUUUUGACCAGCCCAAUUCAAAAGAUGUGAUUUCUUGGACUUCAAUUGUUUCUGGGUAUGCAAUGAGUGGACAGACAUGGAAGGCCAGAGAGCUCUUCGAUGAGAUGCCCGAACGCAAUGUAAUAUCUUGGAAUGCAAUGCUGGCCGGGUAUACUCGUUACUUCCAGUGGGAAGAGGCAGUGGAUUUUAUAUUUUUGAUGCGGAACACAACCAAUAAUAUAGAUCAAGUCACUCUUGGGUUGAUCCUCAAGGUGUGUGCUGGCCUUUCAGAUGUGGAAUUGGGGAAACAGGUGCAUGGAUUCAUAUACCGGCACGGUUUCUCUUCCAGUAUAUUUGUUGGCAAUGGCCUUCUUCACAUGUAUAGUAAAUGUGGGAAAAUGAGAAGUGCCAAAACUGUCUGGUUUCACCAAAUUAGUCACUGGCGGGAUAAAGUUUCUUCAAAUGCUUUGUUGAGUAGCUAUGCUCGUCGUGGCCGGAGUGAACUAGCUAUGACAAUUUUCUGCGAGAUGCAAUGGUAGGAAACACCGGAUUAGUUUACGUUUUCAGUUCUCCAUGCAGCUUGCGCAAAUAUUUUUGCUCUUGAGCAAGGCAAACAAAUACACGGUUUCAUGAUCAGAAAUGGUUACACAAGGGAUACACCCUUUCUCCUCUUUUUUUCCUGUACGCUUCGCUUCUGAUAGCGUUGCAUUAACCGACCUAUCUUGUAACUUAUUACUUAACUGAUGCAGAAACAGGCAAACAAAAAUAGUGAAGGCUUUGCUAGCAGCCAUACUCAAUUAAAUUUCGUGCAUUGAAUUACUGUUUUAUUGAUUUGUUAAAA